AUGACACAAGAGCUGAAAGACCCAGCCUCUACGGCCCAAGCUAGGCGUGAUUCAUCUAGUAGCGAACGCGAUCGGAUACAGCUCGAGCGGCUUGGAAAGAAACCAGUGCUGAAGCGAAACUUUGGCAUUUGGGCAGUUCUUGGAUUGAGCUGCACUGUUCUUGGGACUUGGGAGGGCUUACUUGGAACAUUCACAACUUCGUUGAACAAUGGAGGCUCUGCGGGAGCCGUGGCACCAACAUCCGGAGGUCAAUACCACUGGUGUGCCAUGCUAGCUCCAAACAGCUGCAUGAAGUUCUUAAGCUACAUCACCGGCUGGGUUACUGUCAUUGGUUGGCAGGCUGGACUUGCCAGUUCUGCAUAUCUAGCUGGGUCGAUGAUCCAAGGUGUUGCGAUUCUCGCUCACAAGAACUAUGAUUCCAAAGCUUGGCAAGGCACUUUAAUCAUGUGGGCGUGUCUUCUUGUUGCCCUUGCUAUCAAUUUAGCAGGUGGCAAAAUCUUCCCGAGAUUGGAACAAGGUAUUCUCGUUCUACAUAUCCUGGGCUGCUUGGCUAUCAUCAUGCCAUUGGUAUGUCUGGCCGAUCACAGGUCCAAUCAGGAAGUCUUCCAGGAGUUUUUGAAUAGUGGUGAAUUCCCUACGCAGGGUCUGUCUUGGUUUGUUGGUGUAUCAGGGUGUGCCUUCUCGUUUGCUGGCGGUGAUGCUGUGGUUCAUAUGGCUGAGGAGAUUCACAAUGCGGCCAUUGUCAUUCCACGUGCUAUGAUGCUUAGUGUGCUUAUAAAUGGCAUUCUCGGGUUUGGAAUGCUAAUAGCUAUGUUGUUCAGCAUGGGAGACAUUGAAGUCGCUCUGAACUCUCCCACCGGUUAUCCAUUUAUGGAGAUAUUCUAUCAAUCAACACACUCAACAGCGGGAGCUGUAGUGAUGUCCACGAUCUUAAUCACAAUAGGGAUAUUUGGAGUAAUCGGUAUCCUCGCCGCGGCUUCCCGUCAGUUUUGGUCAUUCGCAAGAGACCGAGCUGUCCCUGGCUGGCGACUAUGGGUUCAAGUUUCAUCGUCUACAAGGCUGCCCAUCUACUCGACCCUCCUCACUGUAGCCGUUGCCUGGCUUCUGGCACUCAUCAACAUCGGAUCGGGCGUCGCCCUUGAAGAUAUUCUUUCCAUGGCAGUGUCUGGGAUGUACUUAUCAUAUCUUAUAGUUAGCUCAUUGCUACUCUACCGUCGUUGCAAAGGUGAUAUCUACGGACACAACGAUACUGACGGGGCGAUAAAUGUCCCGGGAGCCAGGCUGGUCUGGGGACCAUUCCAUCUCCCCGGUCUCUUGGGUGCAAUUGUCAAUGCAUAUGCAGUGGUAUAUAUAGUUAUUGUUGUUUUCUUCAGUUUUUGGCCACCACAUAUGAUGCCUACUGUGACGACGAUGAACUACAGCGUUGUCGGAACUUUCGGAACCAUUAUUUUGGCCGCUGUCUACUACCUGGUGCGAGCUAGGAAAAUGUAUACUGGGCCUGUGUUGGAGACUUAA